AUUGUAUAAGAUGAUAUAGAUUAGUUAGUUCUGACAAAUGCCAGUAAUCGUUGCUACGCAUGCGUUAAGUUUACUGUUUCAACAUGGUUGGCAAGUUGACCCUAACAAAGUAAAAACAAACAACAAAAUUUGGUUUUCAAAAUGGAAGAUCAUGAUGUGGUGUGCCACAAGUGUGGGAUACGGAUACAUCCACCGGCACUUAUUAUAACUUAUUCUUAUUCUUCAAGUGAGAAAAUCAGACGAAGAACUAUGCCUCUGCGCUUUUUCAAUGCUAAUUCCAAAAUAGAGACCAUCUCCGAAGAACUAUUGAACAACCCACGCCAUCAAAAGUUUGUCAAGAAACUUCCCCGCACACAGCUUGAAAACUUACUCAACAUGCUAAAAGAAUGCUUGAACGGUUCCACAAUCAAAGAGUGUCUUCAAAGAAAGCAAUUGGAAAAGAGUUUAUUAAUUAAUCCCAACGAAGACUUAAACAAGCUUGGGGAUGAAGAGCUGAAUGCAAGGAAAGCCAUCAUGAACAAACUGUUUGAGAAGAACGCAACGAAGCCAACCGACGAAGAUUUCAUUUACGAUAUUCAGAUCGAAUAUAGCAACUCAGAUGCCGAGCCUUGUAGCUGGGACUGUAUAUAUGAUGCCGAUGCUGUAUCUGUUAUUGUAGGAACUAAUAAAGAUAUUGGAAGUGAUGAUGAAUUUGGUGGUAGUGGGGGGAGUGAUGGUGACAUUAAAAGGCAUGACAGUGAUGAUGUUGUCAACUAUGACACUGGUGAUGAUGAUUAUGAUCUCGACGAUGAAGAUGAUAUCGAUGAUAAGGAUGAGGAUUCUGCUGCCAAUGCUGAUGAUGAAACUUAAGCUGUAUGUUAUUGCAAGCAAGUCAAUAGAUUCUUCAGUUUUGGGGUGAACCACACUAUUAGCAUCUCUCCCCCUCAAAGAACAAUGGGAUGUAGAAGAGGCCUUCACGAUGAAGAAAAGUCUGUAAUCAUCAAGGAAAGUGCUGAAGGUGCUUCUCAUCAUGAAAGGUGAAAGGUUGAUGAUGUAUUUGCCAGCAUCCAUGGAUCUCAACCCUAUCGAAAAUCUUUGGUCCAUCAUUAAACAAGAUGUUUAUACUGAUGGAUGCCAAUUUACAUAGAAAGAUGUCUUAUGGGCGACCAUGGAAGCUGCAGCAGAGGCAGUCCAACCUGCUACUAUUAAGAAAUUGACAGAUUCUAUGACUAAAGGGAUUUUGAAGUUAUCUGUUGAAAUGGCACGCAUGUGGCCAAAUAAUUCAUUAUGUCAAUAAAUGUUAUAAUAUUA